AAGGUGCACAUUCCUCCUUGUUCAUUUUUAAGCGGCUUCCAAAGCUGCUGUUGAUGAUGCCUGACGCUGCUUUGAAGGCAGAAAACCAACAGUGAGAUCAAGAAUUGUUCUCUAAUGAUCUUGCUUCACCAUGGCUACAAAUAUGGAGGGGCUGGUUCAGCACAGAGUGGGGACCCAUCAGGUGGCUGAGGUAACACGUACACAGACCUCUCGGCCGGAAUCUCCAGGGAUGACCAGCCCCUCCCCACGCAUCCAGAUAAUCUCCACCGACUCUGCUGUAGCCUCACCUCAGCGCAUUCAGGGCUCUGAACCUGCCUCUGGCCCAUUGAGUGUUUUCACCUCUUUGAACAAAGAGAAGAUUGUCACAGACCAGCAGACAGGACAGAAGAUCCAGAUAGUCACCGCAGUGGACGCCUCCGGAUCCCCUAAACAGCAGUUCAUCCUGACCAGCCCAGAUGGAGCUGGAACUGGGAAGGUGAUCCUGGCUUCCCCAGAGACAUCCAGCGCCAAGCAACUCAUAUUUACCACCUCAGACAACCUCGUUCCUGGCAGGAUCCAGAUUGUCACGGAUUCUGCCUCUGUGGAGCGUUUACUGGGGAAGACGGACGUCCAGCGGCCCCAGGUGGUAGAGUACUGUGUGGUCUGUGGCGACAAAGCCUCCGGCCGUCACUAUGGGGCUGUGAGUUGCGAAGGUUGCAAAGGUUUCUUCAAAAGGAGUGUGAGGAAAAAUUUAACCUACAGCUGUCGGAGCAACCAAGACUGCAUCAUCAAUAAACAUCACCGGAACCGCUGUCAGUUUUGCCGGCUGAAAAAAUGCUUAGAGAUGGGCAUGAAAAUGGAAUCUGUACAGAGUGAACGGAAGCCCUUCGAUGUGCAACGGGAGAAACCAAGCAAUUGUGCUGCUUCAACUGAGAAAAUCUAUAUCCGGAAAGACCUGAGAAGUCCCCUGAUAGCCACUCCCACGUUUGUGGCAGACAAAGAUGGAGCGAGACAAACAGGUCUUCUUGAUCCAGGAAUGCUUGUGAACAUCCAGCAGCCUUUGAUACGUGAGGAUGGUACAGUUCUUCUGGCCACGGAUUCCAAGGCUGAAACAAGCCAGGGAGCUCUGGGCACACUGGCAAAUGUAGUGACCUCGCUUGCCAACCUAAGUGAAUCUUUGAACAACGGUGACACUUCAGAAAUCCAACCAGAGGACCAGUCUGCAAGUGAGAUUACUCGGGCAUUUGAUACCUUAGCUAAAGCACUUAAUACCACAGACAGCUCCUCCUCUCCAAGCCUGGCAGAUGGGAUAGACACCAGUGGAGGAGGCAGCAUCCACGUCAUCAGCAGAGACCAGUCGACACCCAUCAUUGAGGUUGAAGGCCCCCUCCUUUCAGACACACACGUCACAUUUAAGCUAACAAUGCCCAGCCCAAUGCCAGAGUACCUCAACGUGCACUACAUCUGUGAGUCUGCAUCCCGUCUGCUUUUCCUCUCAAUGCACUGGGCUCGGUCAAUCCCAGCUUUUCAGGCACUUGGGCAGGACUGCAACACCAGCCUGGUGCGGGCCUGCUGGAAUGAGCUCUUCACCCUCGGCCUGGCCCAGUGUGCCCAGGUCAUGAGUCUCUCCACCAUCCUGGCUGCCAUCGUCAACCACCUGCAGAACAGCAUACAGGAAGAUAAACUUUCUGGUGACCGGAUAAAGCAAGUCAUGGAGCACAUCUGGAAGCUGCAGGAGUUCUGUAACAGCAUGGCGAAGCUGGAUAUAGAUGGCUAUGAAUCAUCCAGGUUUGACCAGCACAAGCCAGAUUGAAAAAUUCCAAGAAAAGGCACAGAUGGAGUUGCAGGACUAUGUUCAGAAAACCUACUCGGAAGACACCUACCGGUGAGGCAUUCAGGCAUGCACUCUUGCUUGGGGUCGCAAGGAAUGUGGCUGGGUUUGUAGUUUCUAAUAUAAAUUAUGUUAACCUUUCCAUUUUUAGCAGCCUGAUAGAGCCUCCAUUGGAUCACACUCUAAUUCUUGAGUUUUCUUUGUUUUUUUCCUAGCUCCCAAGAGCUAGAGAUAAUUCUUGAAUGCUAGAGGUGGUGUAGAGUGUAGACGGUGCCAGCAGGAGGGCCAAGACUGUGGCUGAUUCCAGUGUUGCUGUGUGACUGUGAGCGAGGCCUCAGAUUGUUACUCUUUAAUUGGAGGAGUUGGAGCAGAUGCUACGUGGCCUGUUCUAGGGCUAACACUGUACAUGAGGCUUGAGUUCUCAUGGAGAUUCCCUUGUCCAGAAUAGUUUGAAAGGUCUGCUUCUCUGGUCAGCAUCCAUUGAAGAGACAGUGCUAGAGUACUUGACAGAAAAGUUCUUAUUGACAGAAAUCAAAUCUGACCCCUAUAAAGGAGUGGAUGAGUUACAUAAAGUCAUUUUGCCCUCAGAUAAACUGAUGGAAAAAAGUUUAUUUGGGUGAAAAUUAGUGGUAGCAUUUGUAAUUAAUGUGCAGCAAAACUAUAUGUAUAAAAAUUAGGGCCAGGUGUGAUGGCUCACACCUGUAAUCCCAGCACUUUGGGAGGCCGAGGCGGGUGGAUCACGAGGUCAGGAGUUCAAGAC